AUGCAUUCUGCUCUUCUAUUGGCCAUUGCGGCCCUUCCAUUCCUUGGGGCCGAUGCUCUCCAACGAAGCUUUACCGCUCGUUGCGGCCAACAGUCCAGAAACCAACCUACUUGCAAGGGCUCGAUAUUCGGGAAUUGCUGUAACAAGGGCGGGUUUUGCGGUUCGUCCUCAGCAUACUGCGGGAAAGGCUGCCAAGUUGGUUUCGGUGACUGCACUUCGUCCAUUCCAACCUCUGCAAAGUCAUCCGCAGCACCAGCAAAGCCGUCUUCAACAUUGAUGAAAUCAACAACGUCAUCGACGAAAGUGAUUGUUGUGUCUGUAGCACCAACUUCAGCAAAUUCGGCACCAUUCACAGCAUCUACCACCUCGUCCACUGUGACAUCAUCUUCUAUCCCUGCAACAUCGCCCUCAUCAUCCGCACCGUCUUCUUCAACUCUCUUCACAUCAGCCUCCUCAUCUACACUGCUGUCUUCCGUCCCUGCAACAUCGUCUUCGUCCGUUCCAGACGUGAAGAUUUCCACUGAUGGAAGUUGCGGUGGAACCCAAGGGUUCACAUGUUCAGGGUCGGCAUUUGGCGAUUGUUGCAGUGAAUACGGAUGGUGCGGAGCCACCAGCAGCUACUGCGGUGCUGGCUGUAAUGAUGCCUUUGGGAACUGCGGUGCCGUCAGCACGUCGAUCCAACCAUCAUCCUCUUCCACUCCAGCAUCGUCGUCGAGCUUGGCCCCCUCCUCAUUCUCCACUGCCACCAGGACUACCUCCGCUGUGCCAUCGGCUACACAGGCGGUUUCCACCGAUGGGGCAUGCGGAGCAAGCUCCGACGGACUGACUUGCUUGGGAUCAACGUUUGGCGAUUGUUGCUCGCAAUACGGCUACUGUGGAGGCACUAGUGCCUUUUGCGGAACGGGUUGCCAGGGCGCGUUCGGAGAGUGCGACGCAGCUCCAGUACCUGGCAACAUCUGUGGCGUGGAAGGCUUUGCCAACAAGACCGAGUACUACGCUUCUUCGUUCAACCUCAUUUCUACUACGGACGUCGCGACAUGUGCCAGUCUUUGCUUGGCUGAGGCUACGUGCAUGAGCUACCUCUUCAACCCAGGCCUCCAGAACUGCGCUUACCUUACAUACACGUUGGAGCAAGGCGAGUUCAUCGCUACGACUGGCACGAACCAACUCUUCUGGGAUCGGGCAUGCGCUGAAGCCCCUGCAGCGUAG